GUGUUUCACAUGUCACUUUUUCUUUCUUUUUUUGUUACUCAAUCAAUCUCUCUCAUUCUCAAUCUCCAUCUUCUUCAUCUGUUUCUAUCUCUCCCCUAUAACAAUAAGACACACAUGCCAUCUUAAUUAAUUUAUUACAACUCCGACAAAAACAUACAUUAAUUCAUGGAUAACAAAAACAACAAACCUCUUCAUGUUGUCAUGUUUCCAUGGCUAGCCAUGGGUCACAUGUACCCAUGUUUCGAGGUUUCCAAGAUCCUUGCUCAAAAUGGUUUCUUUGUCACAAUCCUAUCCACCCCUUCAAUCAUAAACCGUCUCCCUAAACUCCCACAAACCUUAUCUCAAUUUAUUCAUCUAAUCAAACUUCCCUUAUCACCUCACAUAGACACAAACCAUCUUCCACAAAAUGCAGAUUCCACCUCUGACAUCCCUUCCAACAAACUCUAUUACCUUAAACAAGCCUAUGAUUCUCUUCAACAAUCUGUAUCUGAUGUACUCAAAAAUUCUAAUCCUGAUUGGGUUUUCUUUGAUUUUGCAGCAUGUUGGUUACCACAGAUAGCUAGAAGCAUGAAUAUAUCAUGUGCUUAUUUUAGUCCUUGCCCUGCAUGGAGCAUAUGCUUCUUUGAUACACCAAAACAACAACUUGGUGAUGUUGAAUCCAUUAGAAAAAAUGAUGAAGAUUACUAUGGUCCACCAAAGUGGAUUCCUUUUCCUACCAAGAUUGGUUUAAGAUCUUAUGAGGUGAAAAAAUUGCUUGAAGAUGUUAAAGUUAAUGAGACUGGAGCUUCACCUGUUUUUGAUCUCAACAAAACAAAUUCGGGUUGUGACAUGUUUGUUAUUAGAAGCUCAAGAGAUCUUGAACCUGAGUGGUUAGAUUUUCUUGGUGAGUUUUACAAUAAGCCUGUUAUUCCUGUUGGAUUGCUUCCACCAUCAAUGCAAAUAAGUGAUUUUGAUGAAGUUGAUAAUAGUCCUGAUUGGAUUCAAAUCAAAGAAUGGUUGGAUACACAAAAAGGGUCAUCUGUUGUGUACAUUGCAUUUGGUGCUGAGGUGAAACUAAGCCAAGAAAACAUCAAUGAAUUGGCUCUUGGAAUUGAGCUUUCUGGGUUGCCAUUUUUUUGGGUUCUGAGGGAUGUUAAGAAUGGAUCAAUUGAGUUGCCUAAUGGAUUUGAACAUAGGACAAAAGAUCAUGGGUUAGUUUGGAAAAAUUGGGCACCACAACCUAAGAUCUUAGCUCAUGGUUCAGUUGGUGGUUGUUUGACUCAUUGUGGUUCUGGUUCAAUGAUAGAAAGUCUCUAUUUUGGACAUGUUCUUGUUAUGUUGCCUUUUUUGUUAGACCAAGCUUUAUAUUCAAGAGUGAUGCAAGAGAAGAAAGUGGGAAUUGAGAUAGUGAGGAAUGAGCAAGAUGGGUCAUUUACAAGGAAUUCAGUUGCUAAGGCAUUGAGAUUUGCUAUGGUGGAUGAAGAGGGAAGUGCUUAUAGGAAGAAUGCUAAGGAGAUGGGGAAGAAAUAUAGUAACAAGGAUCUCCAUAAUCAAUAUAUUGAAAACUUCAUUUCUUCACUUUAUAAGCAUAGGCAUGUAUAGAAAAUUAUUAAGUAAACAUUCAUUUGAUUUGAGAUAGCAGUAAAGGUCUUAUUUCUUUUCUUCUCUGAAAUCACAUCUAUUUUUGUUUGUUUGAAAUAAACAUCUUUGAUUCAACUUAUGGACUUGUAUGUAUUUUUGAGUGCGAAUUAAUUGAAUUUUUUUUAGUA